UAGGAAUACUCUGUAUAUGCAGCCAAUAGAAACACUCCCAACGGAGAACGAGAGAUGGCUUCCCAACCCAACGAUCCUCGGCUCCCAUCGGCGGCGCGGCCGUACAAGCCGCCGGUCGUCGCUCCGCAGGACGCCCCCAUCGAUUACUCAGGUUUCGUUGCCGUUAUUUGUGGCGUCUUCGGCGCGAUGUUCCGGUACAAGGUCUGCUCGUGGCUCGCUGUAAUUUUCAGUGCACAAUCGCUUGCUAAUAUGAGGAACAUGGAGAAUGAUCUGAAGCAGAUCUCAAUGGCCAUGAUGUUCUUAUGGUGUCUCUUUGGACCUGUUAAUAUUUUUGGAUUCGUGGGUUCAUUAGCCUGUUUUCGUUUGGAUAACAACAUUGUUAGUAAAGCUACUGGAUUUUGUCAUAUCCACACUGAAGAAAACAUCGAAAUCCAGCUGGGUGUUUGGAAUCAUGGGAUUGGUGACAAAUUACAUGGGUGUGGGGCCUCGGCCGAGCCCCAAAACUUAGCAACCUUAGAUAAUGGAUUUUCCAGUGUUGAAAUCUCUCACUUUCUUGCUCUUGUUAAAAGGUUGCAGUUCACAUAUUUUGCCCAUCUAAGAAAUCUAAGGCCAUCAUAUCCUUUCAUUUUAGUUUCAAUUCUCAAGAGGUCAAUUACAUCGAGCCUUACCUUCCUAUUCCCUCCUGGGAACCAUCGAGUUGUAAAGCUCGACAAUCCCAAGGACCUAAUCCCAAUCGUCCACACAGUCGGACCAAAGACUUCCUUCAGUAGCUCUUCGCAUCUCUCGUGGUCUUUUCGAAGCAGAUAUUUGUACGCCCUUGCUAAAUCAACUGCUCCUCCAGAAUGGCAGUCAAAUUUGCCGUGA